AUGAACGCCUAUAUAGAGAUGGGUACGAGACGUGAUCCGCGCCGACCGUUGCCGCCCUCGAAGACCGCACACGAGGCCACAGUCAGGGAUCGAUCGCCGCUAAGACCGCAGCACAACUGCACACAUGGGUCGGACACGUGGCCACCGCUGGCGCCCUCACCACCGGUUGUCAGCUCAACGAGCCGUCGAUCGCCGGAGACCACAGUCGUUGAGCUCCAGAAGCAGAUCAAUGCGUUGACGGCCGACAGGACCCGACUCUCGGAGGACAACCAGACGCUGAGGGCUGCGCUCGAGGAGACGGACGCCAAGUUGGCGCUGAAGACACGUGAGCUGACCAUUCAGGUGAACACAUUGAAGUCUGAGAAUGCGCUGAUCGUCAAAGAGAGGGCCGAGUUGUCCGCCAAAGUGGCCGACAAUAAGAAGUUUCUGGACUUCUAUAAGCAAAAGAAAGACAAGGAACUGACGCUGAAGACCGGCACCACAGUCAAGGAGUUGGCCAAUGAGCGCAAGCGAAUCAAACAUCUCGAACAGCAGAUCCAAACCAUGAUCGCCGAGAAGGAUAAGGACCGCAAGAGUAGGUCUGAGAUGAAGGCCGACUUAAUGACCGCUCAGAAGGCCAGGGAUCAGACCGAAGAAAAGUACAGACAAUUGGUCCGCAAGUAUAAGGAGACGCGCGAGAAGUUCGAGACCUAUAAGAGAGGAAUAAGAGCGGCGGCCGAAGUGGCGACCGUUCCCGUAGUGGUGGCCGACACUCGUCAACAGCAGCAACAGAUGCGAGACUUGAAAGAGCAGUGCCAGAGAGCGGAGCAGCAGCUGAUGGCCAGUCGCCAACUCGUGACCGAACUCGAGACCAAAGUGGCGGCGCAACAAAAGUCGUUUGACGUCCAGUUGGGUGCGCUUAAGAGACAGAAUAAGCACUUCCAGGACUCGGCAAACAUGAGCAAAAUACGAUUAGUGAAAGUGGAAUAUCUCCUCCAACGUGUGGAUCAGAUGCAUAAAUUGACGUCCAAUCGGGUGGCGGACACCGUCGACAACAACGGCGAUGAAGUGAUGGACGAGAUCGCGGCGGCGGUAAAGGAAGUGUUGGACAGAAAGCGCAUAGAGUUGAACGAACGCAACACUGCGGCCGCGGCCGACGGCGCCCGACAAAUGUUGAUCCAGAGAGAGGUGUUUGAACAGAACGCCGACCGCAUCAGCACAAACCCAAAUGAAAAAAAGAAUUGCCCGGAGCCGCACUGCGACAAGCAGUAUGUCGGCCACAUUCACCUCCAGAAGCACAUCGCGGCCAAACACCCAUACCUCGCAGCGGCCACUAUUGUCUCACCGGCCGUACCGAUGGACACAACCAGCGCCUCGAUGUCCACUUCCUAUUCGUCGACUCCGUCCAACUCUUUCCGGUCCACAGCCGGCCCGUCGGCGACCCCCUCACGAGCCGCUAACAGCGCCCACACGUCGACCCCCUCCACAGGUGCUAACGUCACCUAUACGUCGACCCCCAUCGCCAUCGGUGGUAAUGUCAUCGACGAGAUAAUCAUUGACGAUGACUGAGCAUUACUGAAGACUACUAUAAGCACUCAAUCAGUUACAGUCAAUCAUCUGUUCCUUCAUUUUAA